AUGCUCUGUUUUCUUGUGCCAAGGAAAAAGAGAAAAAACAUCUCCGUGCUAGAACUGACUGAGCCACACCGCCGGGCCGAUCGAGGCGCUCCACGACGGCGACGGCGCCGCCGCAUUUGGCCCCACCCCCUCCAAUCCGGCUGGGUCCCCCCACCUCCUCCCGCCACCGCCUCUUCAACCACGGGAUCGAUCUCCUCCCGCCGGGGGAUCGACCCUCCUCCGCUGCCCGCCGGUCUACGACGCAGAUGCGUCUCUCCGCGGCUCGCGUGGAUGGGCGCGCGGGCCGGCGGGCGUGGAGGCGUUUCGGUCAGUACCCGCCUCCUGUUCAACCGGAGCAGACCCAUCCAGGGCCGACGCACGGCCUCUCUGCUCCGCGCCGCGGUCAGCAACCCCCAACAACUAAUGGUUCACUGGCUGGCUUCUUCCUGCAGAUUGGUUGGUAACUGUAUCUUAUUCCGCCCAAUUAAUGGUUCAUACACAUUUUGCUGCUAGAUUGCGUCGAGGUAGACCAUGAAUCUUAGUUCAUACUCUGGUUUGACUGACAGUUAAUUCAUAGCAAAAGUGUCCUGUAUACUCUGAUUCUGUUGGUAUCUUCAGUUUCCCUUUGAUCAAAUCAAAUGUAGGAUCACCAGAAUAUCAAAAUUUAUUUCCUCGGAUAGGGAUAACCAAAAGCGUUUAAGUUCCGUUCAUCUUGGGUAGAAUCUCCAACAUAACUUCUUUGUGUUCCCUUCCUCUGGCUGGCCAAGCACCGGUUACUUCUUCCAAUGGGCCAUUCAGUUGGUCAUUAGAUUAUUAUGAACUUACGAAACCUAGGGUGGUUCACAGACGAAAACGGAGGACUGGGCGAAAGGCCAGUGGUAUGUGAGAUUGCAGUCCCACGUCCGCAGUGGACAGACCAACUAUCAUGAUCUAAUUACAUCUCCUAGCUACCACUUUUGUACGGUGAGUUAGAGAGGAAAAGACUAGGCCAACAAAGAAAUAUGUUGCUCACAUGUGCUGUUAAGGUGACUGACAGCAAACCAAUAGAUUCGACUUUCUUUGUGCUAACAGCUUGCUCAAUUUCUUCACCAAAUCUAGGUUGCUCACAUCGAUUAUCAUAGGAUUCCAUUUUCUUGGAAGCAUGCUUCCUCAGAUCUAGGUUGCUCACAUCGAUUAUCAUAGGAUAUUACCUGAAUUCAGAUAAAAUUGGUGGAAAACCCAGACAGCUUGCCCGGCUCAAGAAGUUCAUGAACUUUCAUGUACAAUUUCAUCUAGCAGAACACAUUGUUUAUAAAACAAGAAGAUUCGACUUGCUUUGUGCUCAUGUUGUUUUAUGGAAUGUCAUAUCUAAUUUCUGCAAGAUAUGGCUUUUCUGGUCUAGAGUAUCACUUUCACCAAUUCAACGAUGUUCAUAUUGUACAUUACUGUUUUCGUGUCUGUAUACGUGCUUCCUUUUAAACUGAAAAAAAAAUGAUUCUGUCAUCUCCAAAUGUUCUCCUUUUUGGUUAUUUCCAUGUCUGGUUUUAGGCGUCACAUAUUGAAGAAUUCAGUUGUAUUGGACCAGAUCCUGUUGUAUAAUGAGCAGUUGAUAAUGAGGUAGCACUUCUUUCUCCGGUUAGGCUCUGCAGGCCUGAGAAACAAUCAGACUAUGAUACAGAAUUUUAUUUGUUUUGGUUUAAGCAUAUUUCACAUUCAGUUUGUUGGACUAUCAAGGCUGAGUUCUAAUUUCAAUCUGUCCUUUUUAACUACGAAUAACUACUUACAGUGCAGAAUAACAAAGAAAGAGACACUAAUGCAAAAUGUAGAGAACUAAUAAAACAAAGAUACACGUACUGUUGUAUCAUAAGUCCUCAACACAUUGCUUUUUUUUAAAUAAAAACCAAUGGAGAGUAAAGUUAACUGGUAUGUUGUUACAAGUUUAUCUUUUUGUCCCUACAUCUUAUAUUUCUCUCGUUGGUGUGUAGCAUGCAUUCCUGCAUCAAUGCCCGGGGCAUCAUCUUGUUAAGAACUAGAGAUGCCCCAGCUAUUAACGUGCUAUGUCAGAAGGCUCAGUCAGAUUUCCCUAUUACUCCCUCUGUUCUUAAAUAUAAGAUGUUUUAGCAUUUUUUUUAUUCGCAUGUAUCUAGACCCAUUUUAAUGUGUAUGUUCACCCAUUUUAAUCCGUAUGUAGUCUACAUUGAAAUUAUCUAAAACAUCUUAUAUUUAGGAAUGGAGUGAGUAUUAUACUUCUGCCAGCUGGAGUGAGUAGUUUAUUUCUAAGUAGGCUCAGGUAAUUGUCUAAAAAGAAUACUGACCCAGUGUGCUUUUGCAAGAUCUAACGUGAUUGGUUGAAGAAGUGUAGAUCAAGCUCUACUCCUACCGUAAGACACAUGAUGCGUGUUUCAAUGCAUGUUCAGGAAGAAAAAUAAAUCUACUGCAAAUUAGUGUUAUUUUAUUAAGUACAACCAUCAAUUUAUAUCGUCCUACUUGAUGCAACCGACCAAACGCAUCCACUUGCCCCCAAAAUUUAAUACAGCUCACAUUGGAUUCCAUUUUCUCGGAAGCAACGAUCGCACAUCUAGCUUGCUCAGAUCGAUUACUGGAGUUUUUUUUCUUCUAAAAUAAGUUAGCUUUGGUUGAAAAUCCGGACAACUUGCAGAGCUCAAGAAGUUCAUGAACAACUUUUCUGUAUAAUUUCAUCAAACAGAACACAUUGUUUCUAAGACCAAUAGAUUUGACUUUCUUUGUGCACAUGUUGUUUCAUCUAAUUUCUUCAAGAUAUUGCUUUGCUCGUCUCGAGUAUUGCUUUCACCUGUUCAAUGGUGUUCAUAUGGCACAUUGCUGAUGUUGUGUCUGUAUAUGUAUAUGCUUCCUUUAAAACUGACAAAAUUAUAUUUUGUCAAAUCUGAAUGUUCUCCUUUUUGGUAAGUUCCAUCUUCUGGUUUUAGGUGGCACAUAUUAAAGAAUUCAGUUGCAUUAGACCAGAUCCUGUUGUAUUUAUACAAUGAGCAGUUAAAAAUGAGGUAGUACUUCUUUCUCCAAUUAGACUCUGUAGGCCUGAAAAGCAAUCAUAUUAUGAAGCAGAACUGUAUUUGCUUUGUUUUAAGCAUACUUCUAAUCCAAUAUUUUGGACUAUCAAGGGUUACAUUAUAAUCUCAGUCUAUCCUUUUCAACUGGAAUAAGUACUUACAGUGCAGAACUAACAAAUAAAGUGACACUAAUGCAAAAUGUAGAGAACUAAUAAAACAAAGAGACACUAUUGUAACAGAAGUUCUGAGCACAUUGCAUUUUAUUUAUAGAAACCAAUGGAGUAAAGUAAGACACAUGACGCCUGUUUCAAUGCAUGUUAGAAAAAGGCUCUACUCCUGUAAAGUAGUGUUAAUUAUUUUAUUAAGUACAGUCGUAAUUGGUGCAACGGACCAACACAUCCACUUGGCACCAAAAUUCAGUUACAAUAAUUGCAUUGGAUUCCAUUAUCUCAAAAGCAAGUAUCUGCACGUCUUGCUUGCCCACACCACCACUGGACUACAAUUGUGUUUCCCUGUGUUAUGUGUGUUAGCAUUCCAAUGGCAGGGCUGGUGGCCACCAUGGUGGUCAGACCACUGAUGUCCAUUGUGAAGGAGAAGGUAUCCAGGUACCUCCGUGCCAAGUACAAGGUGAUGGAGGAGCAGCACAGGAUCCUCAACCCCUAGCUUCCAGCCAUUAAUAGUUGUCUAAGCAAAAUCGUGUACAUGAUAUGUAUGUGUUCUUUCCUCUAGCUGGCCAGGCAACGAAUUAUAUAGUUCUUAAUAUCGGCCUUUCAGUUGGUCAUUACAUGAAUUAUUAUGAACAUUCGAAACAUAGGGUGAUUGACAUAUGAAAAGUUGAGGGCUGGGUGAUAGCGUGAAAGUGCAGUGGUGCAUCCAGGUCAACUUGGGUUCAACUCCAGUGGACAUGAAAUUUAGCCACAUCAGAAAAUUGUAUUCCAGUUAGAUCAUACUCCCUCCGUCCGGAAAUACUUGUCAUCAAAAUAGAUAAAAGGAGAUGUAUCUAGACGUAUUUUUUCUUGCGAGUUAGAGAGGAAACAACUAGACCGACAAAAUGAAAUGUGCUGUUAACGUGAUGAGGGCAAACAACUAGACAUUGCUGGUCUCGAGUGUUACUUUCACUUACUCAAUGGUGUUCGUAUAGCACAUUAACUGAUUUUGUGCCCAUACAUGUAUAAGCUUCCUUUUACACUGACAAAUUAUAAAUUUUCCAUUUCUGGAUAUCCCUUCUUUCUCCAAUUAAACCAGGCCUGGAAAACAAUCAUACCGUGAUCAGAACGUUUUUUAUUUUGUUGUAAGCAUACUUCUCAUCCAGUAUUAUGGACUAUCAAGGAUUAUGUUGUAAUGUCGGUCUAGCCUUUUUAACUAUUAACUACUUACACAGAACUAAUGAAGAAAGAGAUGCUAAUGUAAAAUGUAGAGAACUAAUAAAACAACGAAACACUACUGUAACACGAGUUCUGAGCACACUGCAUUUUUUCUUACAGAAACCAAUGGAGUAAAGUUAGCCGGUUACUGGUGUGUCGUUUCAAGUUUGUCUUUUGGUGUGUAGCCUGGGGCAUCAUCUAGUUAAGAAAUAAAGAUGCCCCUGCUAUUAACGUGCAAUGUCAGCUUUCCCUGUUAACCAAGAAACAAUGCCCUGUUCUGAGGUUACUGCCAGCUGGAGUGAUUAGUUUAGUUCCAAUUAGGCCCUGCUAAUUGUCUAAAAAAAUUCAGGCCCAGUGCAAGGUCGGAUGUAACUGAAGUGCAUAUCAAGCUCUACUCCCACAGGCCACAGUGAGACACAUGACCCGUGUUCCGAUGCAUGUUCAAAUAGAAAAGCUCUACCCUGCAAACUAGUGCCAUUCUAUUGAGUACAACGAUCAAUUUGUAUUGUGGUAAUCGAUGCAACCGACCAAAAGCAUCCACUUGCCCACAAAAUUCAAUACAGUACUCUCAUUGGAUUCCAUUUCUCAGACGAAAGCAUCCACACAGCUAGCUAGCUUGCUCACACCAUCCUCUUCUCCAUUCUGGACUGCAAUUGUGUUUCCUUGUGUUCUGCGUCUGUUGCGAGCUCUGAGCAUUCCAACAGCAGAGCGACUGGCCACUGCUGUCCAUCGUGAAGGAGAAGGCAUCCAGCUACCUCCUGGACUAGUACAAGAUGAUGGAGGGGCGUGAUGGCAUCCCUUCGUCCUGAUCUCUGAAGUUUGGUCGCUUUGGAGAACGCUGGUGUUGAGGCUGCGUUCACCAUCAUUGAUUUCACCACUGUUUUUUGGUCGCUCACGAGACUACUAUCACUGCCUUAGUUUUCAUCUUGAUCGCCAUUGACAACACCAGUUUGCAGUGCAGCCUCUAUCAGAACCAAUUGAUUCACACAAACAUCCAGAAAAAUGGAGGCGACGGCCAUCAGCAUUGGUAAGUCUGCAUUGAGCGGGGUACUCAAGUACGCCCAAUCGGCUGUGGCAGAGGAGGUCGCUCUGCAGCUUGGUGUCCAGCGUGACCACUCCUUCGUCACUGAAGAGCUCGAGAUGAUGCGGUCAUUCCUGAUGGCUGCGCACAACGAUCGAGACGACAAUAUGGUGGUCAGGACUUGGGUGAAGCAAGUCCGCGAUGUCUCCUACAUCGUCGAGGACUGCAUCCUGGAUUUUGCCGUUCAUCUUGAGAAACAGUCUUGGUGGCGCAUCCCUCGCACAAUGGUAGCUCGGCAUCGUGUGGCGAAGCAGAUGAAGGAGCUCAGAGCCAAGGUGGAGGAUGUCAGCCAGAGGAACCAACGGUACCACCUCAUCAAGGGCUCUAGCUCCAAGCCUGCCUCCGCUGUUGGGCAGCCUACCAUCUCCAGUGCGACGAUGUCUGCCUCCCAUGAUGCAAGGCUGAAGUGGCAGAAAGCAAGAAUGGAUCUUCUCAACUUGAUCAAUUACAAGGGUGAUGCACUUCGAGUGAUAGCGUUGUGGGGCACAAGUAGCAGUGAUCUGCAGGAGAUGUCCAUCAUUGAAAGUGCCUAUGAAGAUGCCAUCAUAUACAAGAAUUUCGAUUGCUGUGCUUUGAUCACAUUGACGUGUCCUUUCAGUCAGACAGAUUUCAUUCGAAGCAUGGUUCGGCAAAUCUAUAAUAAUUCUUUUCAAGAGAUGGGAGAAGAAGAAAAUACAACUAUUGGGGCCCAAAUUUUGAAGAUGAUGGCGCCGGUGACAGAAGAUGGUUUGGCUUAUGAGUUCAAGAGAUAUUUGAAUGACAAGAGUUAUCUAAUUGUACUCAAUAAAAUUAACACCAUUGAAGAUUGGGAUUGCAUCAAAACAUGUUUCCCAGAUAACAAGAAAGGAAGCCGAAUCAUAGUAUCCACCGAGCAAGUUGAAGUUGCAAGCUUGUGCAUAGGAGCAGGGGAUGAAGCUCUUGUACGUAGGAAGUUAUUUGCUGAUCAGUCUCUUUAUGCUUUCUACAGUAAGGUUUCUCAGGAGGGGAGGAAUUAAGUGGAAAAAGGGUCCAUCUCAUAUGUAGCCUCUCCUGGUAUUGACAGCUCUGCACACAAGAACAUCCUCACUCGCAUGGAGACAAUGUCUACUCUAGAGGAAUCUCGUCUCAUCGGGAGAGGGAAUCAAAAAGAGGAAAUCAUCAAAUUAAUCUCAAAUAAAGAUCUCCAGCAUUUUCAUGUGUUCUCCUUGUGGGGAAUGGGUGGUAUUGGGAAAACAACACUAGUGACAGAUAUUUAUCAAACCCAAGAGAUUAGUAGCAUGUUUGAUAAGCAUGCUUGUGUCACAGUCAUGCGCCCUUUCAACUCAGCAGCACUCCUUGAGAGCUUAAUUAUGCAAUUCAGAGAUAAGAAUGAAGAUACAAAUGAGAUAGAUUUAAGGAGAUAUUUACAAGGAAAGAGAUAUUUGCUUGUUAUCUCGGGCAAGUAACAUACCGAUUGACAAAGGGAAU